GUUUGCAGUUCCAAAGAGCACGAUUAUGAAAGCAGCCAACUCUUUGAAAGAUAACCUAAUUGAUACAGAGAAUAGAAGGGAAAAAAGUUGAGAUUUCUGUUUCUGACUUCAUGGUUUGAAAGCAAGUUGGCACAACAAUGACUGCAGAAAUUUGGGACGUUAUAAUUGUUGGUGCUGGACUAUCUGGAUUGAGUGCAGCUCAUUUACUCAGAAAAAGGAAUGCCAAGUUGAAAAUACUGAUCCUGGAAGGAAAAGAUCGGGUGGGAGGUCGCACAGUGUCCACUGAAAUGCCAGCAGCCAGUGGUGUUGAUCGCUGGGACUUAGGAGGACAGUGGGUAGGAAGCACCCAAACACAUAUCUUGGAGCUCAUAAAGGAGCUGGGCUUAGAGACCUUCCCACAAUUCAAUGUUGGCAAGAAAGUGCACCACAUGGGAGGGCCAGGUGCCAAAGUUCGCACUUAUAGAACCAGUAUCCCUGCUCUGUCCCCAGUGGUGCUAAUGGACCUCACCCAGAUUCUGUGGAAGAUUAACAGAUUGUGUGCCACAGUGUGCAUCAAGGAUCCUUCGAAGACUCCCAAUGCGGUUGAACUGGACAGCAUGACCCUGCACUCGUACAUCGAGCAACAUGCUUGGACUUCAGAACUAAAAGAGGAGAUGGGACUGUGUAGCAGGCCUGUCUUUGGCAUGGAGCCAUCCCAGAUGUCCUUCCUAUUCUUCCUCAUGUAUGCUGCAGCAGCUGGAGGGGUACUGCAACUGCUGGAGAGUGCUCCAGGUUCAGCUCAAGAGCUCAAGAUAAAGGGAGGCACCCAACAGCUUUCUCAGUGUCUGGCAGACCGCGUCGGGUGGAAGAAUGUCCGGCUGGGUUCUGCUGUGACGGCCAUAUGGCAGGAUGCUAAGUGGGCCAAGGUCACAACCACCACCAACACCUUCUUGUGCAGAGCUGUGAUUGUCACCAGCCCCCCUCACUUGGCAGCAAAGAUCCACUACCACCCAGCCCUGCCCAGCCAGAGAGAAUUUCUUACCCAGAACAUGCCUGUGGGCCACAUGAUAAAAUUCCUUAUUACCUAUCCAACGGCUUUUUGGAAGGAGAAGGGCUUCUCUGGAGAAGUAGUGGCAGGAUCCUCCACUGAGUGUCCAUUCUGUGUUACAUUUGAUGCCACCAGCCCCAGCGGUAAUGCUGCUUUGGUGGGCUUCAUUGCCGGCCAGCAGGCUUCUCAAUGGAGCUCCAAAGAGGAUGGGGAGAGAAGAAAAGCUGUGAUUUCCAGUCUGGUCAAAUACCUAGGUCCUGAAGCUGCAUCUUUCCUCCACUAUGAAGAGAAAGAUUGGGCUAAGGAAGCCUACAGCGGGGGCUGCCCUGUUAAUGUCAUGGCACCAGGUCUGCUAACAUAUUACCACCCGAGCCUGAGGAAGCCAUGUGGCAGGAUCCACUGGGCGGGCACAGAGACAGCCACCCUGUGGUGUGGAUACAUGAGUGGUGCUGUACAAGCUGGUCAGCGAGCAGCCCUGGAAGUACUGGCUGAACUCUGCCCAAUGACCCUGACGCAGGAUGAGCACGAAGCAAUGCAGCACAGUCAAACUGCAGAGCAAACACCUUCCUCCAAACUUGUGUUCACAAAAAAGACUAUGGUCAUAGCAACACUGGCAAUAGGUGCAGCUUACUUGCUGGCUCAGAAUCAAAAUGCAUUGCUAAAGGUCAAAUCUUACUUGACUAAGGUAUUUGAAACAACCAGACACAAUAUUUUCCUUGUAACAGACCUGUAAAACAGGUGUGCCGUUCACUUGUUUUGGUUCACACAGAAUGGUUUUGCUAGGGCUCCAAA